CGUGAACAUGCGCGAUACGUUCGAUACUCUGUGCUAGGUUAUGACUUUCCUAUCGUUUGUAAAUAAAUGGCGAUAUCUAUAUCCACGUGUAUAUUUAGAUCCACGAUUUAACUUGUAUCCAUAGCGUCAAUUGAAAAAAGAUGACGGAUCCGGAUCAGGAGGACAGCCGAGGCGGGUUACGCACUGAUGGUAGACGGGCAUUAGAAUUGAGGCAGAUCCGUAUGCGAAUGGGAGUGUUUGGUCAAGCUGACGGCAGUGCGUACAUAGAGCAUGGCAAUACGAAAGUAUUAGCCGCAGUAUAUGGUCCUCAUCAGCCAAAAAGCAACGUAUCAAGAAAUAGUACAAAAGCUCUGAUAAAUUGCCAGUAUAGUAUGGCUGUAUUUAGUUUUACCUCUGGAGAACGGAAGCGAAGACCCAGGGGGGAUUGGAAGUCUCAAGAGAGAUCGGCUCAGUUACGCCAUGCGAUGGAAGCCAUAAUACACUUAGAAUUAUAUCCACGCUCUCAAAUUGAUGUCUUCGUAGAAGUUUUACAAGUCGAUGGUAGUGAUUAUUGUGCAUCUGUAAACGCAUCAACUCUUGCGUUGAUCGACGCUGGAAUUCCAAUUAAGAAUUAUGCUGUAGGCUGUACCGUAUCUCUCAUUAACAAAUUGACAACAGAAGAAGAAGAUAAAACAUUAGCAACAGGAGUAUUAGAUGCAAACUUUGUAGAGGAAUGUUCACCAGGAGUUACCUUGUCUAUUGUCGCAUUACCAGAAACAAAUAACGAAGUUGAAGUAGAUGGGAGUGGUUUGAUAGUAGUAGCACAUGGAGCAGGGCAGAGAUUACAUUUAUCACGUUUGGAAGCGCUCAAACAACGCGCAGUACAAGGGUGCCAGGAUAUAAAGGAGAUAUUGGACAAUGGUGUGAGGCAUCAUCUGACUGCGAAUUUAUUGCCGUCUUUUCUACAUAAUUCACUCGAGUAGCAGGAAAGGAGCAAUAUACUUCACACAGUGCUGUAACAUUUUACAAUUUAAUAUCUCUAUUGUAUAUAAACACAAUUUAUUACA